CUUAUGUCGCAGCGUAUGUAGCCAAGCGUGCUAAUCGGAGGUGCGGGUGCCGCAUGCGGAGCUGCGUCCCAGCCAGUGCCGCGUGUCUCCUCCGCGUGUCUCCUCCGCGUGUUCUCGCAGGGCACACCGGCCGUCUCGUCAAGGCCAUCUGCUGCAGCAGCUUCCUAUUCCUGUGCCUCCACCUGUGCUUCCAGGCGACCAUCGCCGCCUUCUCCGCCCAGCGGCGCCUCGACCACACGUUCAACUGUACCUACUUGGAGACCUUAUCCAGACACAUUGGCUUUGUUAGGGUGCACGAGGCAGACUGGCCUAGCGCCCUGCGUCUCUUCGCCCCCGAGUUCGGGGUGUUCGCCGUCGGCUUCGUUGCCUGGUUCCUGUGCUGGAAGCUGACGUGCCAGCCGGACGCCCGGUCCCCCUGCACGGAGUCACCGGGCGCUGGCAGUGACCAGGUGGAUGAGGAGGCCGAGGCUGCGGAUCUGGACGAGGACGACGCGGAGGGAGGAGACGAGGCGGACGAUGAGUACGAGGAGGAGGGCAGCUUGGCGGAGGGGGGGGCGGCCUCCGAUGCGGAGGGCCCCGGCGGCCUGGCGGAGGAGCCCGGCCGGCGGGAGAUCUUCCUCGCCCGGGCGGCCGCCUUUGCCUCGCGCCUCAAAGAGCUCAUCGGCAAAAUCAUCACCACGGCCGGCAAAGUGGUGGCCACGGUGAUGCUCGGCCUCGCAGGCGUGAUCGUGCCGUCGCUCACAUCGCUCGCCUACUUCGUGCUCUUCAUGGCGCUCUGCUCCUGGUGGGCGUGCGGCCGCUCCAUGCCGGAGCUCGCCUUCGGCUGCGUGUGCGUCGCCACGGCGCUCUUCAGCGCCGGCCACCUUCUCGGCCUCUACAUCUACCAGAUGCCAGCGCUGCAAGAGCUGGUGCCGCCCGGCGACCUGAACGCACG